AUGUCUACACGAGGGAAUAGAGGACAGAUGGGAAGUAGGAGUGUUAAUAAGGGCACGAUGGUUCCCUUAGCACCUAUCGUUGUAGCAUCGGCUGUCAGGGAGAAAGUUGCACGCGAGAUUGUGAGAGCGAUGCAAGGUGCUCUAGCUCGCAAUGAGGGGGACAACGGGCGUACCCUCAAGCUUACUAAGAAGUUUCUUCCCUCCAAUCCACCGGAGUUUUUGGGGGAGGCAAAACCACUAGAAGCGGAGAGUUGGUUGGAACAGAUUACCAAGACUCUUGAUUUGCUCAGAGUCGAGAACGAAGGGUUGAGGAUUUCUUUGGCAGUCAAGGCAGCAGCCCAUGUAGAGGCCAUGGUUAGCAGUGCUGGUCGAGUUAGGGAGGAGGCUACUUUGGUUGUUAAUGGGAUUGAUGAUCCUAGUGUUGUUGUCUAUCAAAUGUUGAAUUAUGAGGUGGUUUUGGGUGGAGUUUUGAGUGGGAAAGGAAUUUCAUGGGUAGAUGCACGAAAUAUUACUAGAAUGAUGGAUGGGAUUCCAUUACAUGGGCAUGAUGAACUUGAAGAUUCAAGCAGCCAAGGAAACUUUCUUGAGCUUUUGAUGCUUCUUUCAUAUCAAAAUGAGACUCUCGGAGUUGUUUUGUCAAAAGAUGUUCCUGAACACCUUAAGUUGACAACACCUAGUAUUCGAAAGGAUAUUGUUAACACCAUUGCAGUUGAAACUACCAAUGCUAUUGUUAGAGAACUUGGUGAUGGCAUGUUCUAUAUUGUCUUUGAUAAAUCUUGGGAUGCAUCAAUGGAGAAGCAAAUGAUUGUUUCUUUGAGAUAUGUGGAGAGUAGGGGAUAUUGGAGACUUGAACAACACACUUUCAAUAUGGUCAUUUGGAACCUAACCCAAUUAAAGAAACUACACCUUGAUUGGGUUGAUAUCUCUUCACCUUUACCUCAUGCUUUGUUAACUUCUUUAACAUCUCUUAGUCUUGGUUUUUGUCAACUGCAUGGGAAAUUCCCAGAAAACAUUUUCCACCUUCCAAACCUACGGAAGCUCAUUGUACAGUAUAAUGGGGACCUCACGGGUAAAUUUCCAAACUUUAAUGUGAAUAUUUCCCUUCAGUUUCUUGAUCUCUCAUGGACAAUUUUUUCUGGCCAAUUACCUGAUUCAAUCGACAAUCUUAAAGCCUUGAAAAGUAAUAAAUUUACAAGAGAAAUCCCUCCAUUGAUUUGUGGUCCGAGGUUGCUUAAAGUUCUUAAUUUGUCUAAUAACAGUUUGAGUGGUAUGAUUCCACAAUGUUUGGGAAACUUAAGCAAUGGUCUCUCAGUGUUGAAUUUACGAAUGAAUAACCUUCAUGAGUUGCAGGUUCUUGUCUUGAAAUUUAAGACAAAGAGCAAACUUCGUUUCCCUAAGUUAAGGAUUAUCGACAUAUCUUACAAUGAGUUUACUAGCCUUUUGCCAACCAAUUAUAUCUCACGAUUUGAAGCUAUGAUGAAUGUGGAUGAACACGAAUUGAAAUUGAAAUUGAAAUACAUGGGUGACAUGUAUUAUAAGGAUUACGUGGUGGUGAUUGUAAAACGACAUGAGAUUAAAUAUUCAAGAAUCUUAACAGUCAUCUCAAUCAUUGAUUUAUCAAGCAACAAAUUUAUAGAAGAGAUUCCGAAAUCCGUUGGGAGGCUUAAUUCACUUCGGGGUCUUAACUUAUCUCAUAACAACCUUAAAGGCCAGAUCCCAACUUCACUUGGAAACUUGAGCAACCUUGGAUCAUUGGACCUUUCCUCAAAUCAGCUUGUUGGGGAGAUUCCUCAGCAACUGACAAGUUUGAUGUUUCUUGCAAUGCUAAACCUUUCAUAUAACCAACUAGUGGGACAAAUUCCUCAAGGGAGACAGUUUAAUACAUUUUGA